AGCCACCUGCUCCUUGCCAGUCCCCCGAGGCUGGGGAGCAGUGCUGGUGCAUCCCCACCGGUUGCUUCUUUACAGGUUUGAGGAGGCCCUGCAGGAAGCCCAGCAGGUAGAUAAGCUGCUUUCGGAGGGCCCUGGCGAUGACUACCUGGAGGAGAAGUUUCCCUUGUUAGGGGUUCCCAUCACCAUCAAGGAGGCCUUUUCCACCGCAGGGAUGCCCAACACAUCUGGCUUGGUCAACCGCCGCAAUGUGAUCGCCACCUCAGAUGCUACAGUGGUGUCCCGGCUGAAGCAGGCUGGUGCCAUCCCGUUGGGCGUGACCAACUGCAGCGAGCUGUGCAUGUGGUAUGAGUCCAGCAACAAGGUCUAUGGCCGGACCAACAACCCCUAUGACCUGCAGAGGAUCGCAGGCGGCAGCUCAGGUGGGGAGGGCAGUGUCCUGGCAGCUGCCUGCUCAGUCAUAGGCGUGGGCUCCGAUGUCGGUGGCAGCAUCCGGAUGCCUGCCUUCUUCAACGGAGUCUUUGGCCAUAAACCCACGACAGGGGUGGUGCCCAAUGAUGGCCAGUUCCCAAACACUCAAGGGGUGCAGACCGGCUUCCUGUGCACAGGGCCCAUGUGCCGCUACGCGGAGGACCUGGAGCCUAUGCUGAGGGUCAUGGCUGGUCCUGGAGUCAACAAGCUGAAGCUGAAUGAAGAGGUGUCGCUGGAGAAAAUAAAAUUUCACUGCAUGGAUCAUGAUGGCGGGGCCCUUUUUGUGUCGCCUGUGGACAAGGAGAUCUUGCAGGCCCAAAAGAAGGUGGUGGAGCACCUUGAAGGCGAGCUGGGGGUCCAAGUUCAGCGCGUGGCAAUCCACAAGAUGAAAUAUUCCUUCCAGAUCUGGUCAGCCAUGAUGUCAUCCAAGGACAGCGAUGGGCAGGAGGCACAGAUGUUCACGGACCUGCUGGGAGAUCAUGGGAAGCCGGUGUGGCCACUGUGGGGGAUGAAGUGGCUCGUGGGGAUGUCUUCCCACACUCUCCCAGCUAUCGCUCUGGGGCUGACGGAGAAGCUGAUGAAGCUGAACCCCAGUGGGAACGCCAAGCUGGUGAGCAUGGGGAAGAGCCUGCAGGAGGAGAUGGAGGCACUGCUGGGGCCUGAUGGUGUGCUGCUCUACCCCUCGCACCCCACCAUCGCUCCCAGGCACCACUCGCCCAUCUGCAUGCCCUUCAACUUUGCCUACACAGCUAUCUUCAACGUCCUGGGCUUGCCGGUGACACAGUGCCCACUGGGCCUGAGCAGUGAGGGGCUGCCGCUGGGCAUCCAGCUGAACAGCUCCGGCACCCCUGUCUUCUUGCCAUGGCAACCGGCGUGGCAGCGUAGACCUGGGGGCAGAUGGAUGGGGCACAGCAGGAUGAGCCCUGCCUUGAGCCUGCUUCUGUCCCUGGCCAGCUGCACCCUGCUCCGGGGCGUGCUGUUGCCGCCGAGGGACGUGAGGCUGGAGGCACAAAACUUUCAUGUCCACCUGCAGUGGGAGCUGGACCCUGGCUCACCCCGCAGUGCCACGUACCAGGUGGAGUGGAAGAGACGACGGGAUGGUGAUGGCCAGGCAGUCUUCCCUUUUGGCUGGGAAGAUGCAGAAAAGGAGAAAUCCCUGCACUUUCUCCAUGAGCAGAACCUCUCGCUGGACCAAGGCAGAAACCUGCUGGGGGAACAGCACUGGCUCCUCCUGGGCAUGGCUGAUGGGGAGAGGGGUCCUUGGAGAGCUCUGGUGGGAUACAAUGGGAAAUCAGAUGAAGAUAUCGGUGGGAAAAGUGCCAAGAGCCCUGACCGGAGGAAAGGGAUGGGAGCAGAGCUGAUGGAGAAGGGCUGGGUGGAGAGCAAGGGGACAGAAGAGGAGACAGAGAGCCCGGUCGCCCGGGUGCUGCUGAAGCUGUGGUACUGGCUGAGCCUGUACGAGGGGGACGUGCUCGUCCAGCAAGUGCCCUGCAAACGGAGAGGGGAGGAAGCACCAUGCACCUUCAGGUACCUGAAGCCCAGCACGCAGUACUGCAUCCGGACAGCAGCUGCGGACAUGGCCAGGGAACAGAGCCGGGAGACUGAGCAGUGCAUGGUGACGCCGUCAGACCCCGCAGCCUGCUGUGACCUCCUGACAGGCUUUCCCUGGGUCCUCCUUGCCACAGUGCUGAGUGGCCUCGUCCUGCUGCUGAGCAUGGCCGGGCUCUGCUUCAUCCAGCUGCACGUCCCCUCGGAGACGCACCUCCCAAAAACACUUCAGGCUCUCCUGAAUGCGGAGCUGAGUGUGACCAUCGGGAUGCCCAUGCUUGAGCUUAAGGAGGACUCACUUGCCUGGCUCUUGCCAACAGUGCUCCCCCCCCACGGGCCGCCCGCAGCUGAGCAGACAGCACCCGCAGCCCAGAAAAGCCAUUCCCAGAACAUGAGUGGCUACUGUGCCAACGGGUUUGGGUCAGACUGCCGUGAGGGCAGGGACCCAUCCUGCACCCCCAGCCAGCUGGGGCAUGCCUUGGGCUCCCAGAUGGCAUCACGGCUGCAGGAGGAUGGGGAGGCACGUGAUGGGGAUGAGGCACUGGAGCAGCUGGUGCCAGCGGGACUGGCCAGGGACAGCUGCACAGGGGACGGAGACUACCAGACAUCCAAGAUGUGGCUCUCCAUGCACCUCCAGCUUUAUUCUGAAUGCCAGUGCCCAGCCCUGGGAGCAGGCAGCUGCCUUCCCCUGCCCACACUGGGCAGGUGCUUCAGCCAAGAGGACUUGCAGGAGAGCCUUGGCAUGGCAGGGCACUGGGUACCGCUGAGCUCUGUGAAGCUGCUGGCCAGUGAGGAGGAGGAUGGAGGGCAGCUCCUCCAUGCUUUACAGCCCCUGCAUGGCUGUGGGACUGAGCCACAGCCAGCGGAAAACACCGUGCAGCAGGGUGACCUGCAGACGACCACGCUGGACGUCCCCCUCCCCAGCCCCUGCCAGCUGCCCCAAUUGUCCCCUGACAUCCUGCGGGCAGCUGCCUUCUCUGGCUACGAGCUGCGUCUCCCGGUGUCCAGCAUCCAGGUGUCCGGUGGAGGGGACAGAGGGGACAGCAUUGCCAGCCCUGGGGAGCCUUUCGGCCUGGAGAUGGGAGAGCCGGUGGAUGAGACCUCAGACAUCCAGCCAGCCCUGAAGCGCCCACCACCUCGGAGGCUGGUCACUGUUUCUCAUGCUGGCCUCAGGCCCACGGCCACAACGCUGUGCCUGGAGGCCGCGAGAUGCAUUUUUGGGGAGUACGGAUGCAGUUGCCGCUGCAGCCACGGAGGUGGUCCAUACAUAUGGUCAGCACUGACGGUGCACGGGGGCUGCAACCAGCUGGCGGCGGAGGAGGAGAGCGUGGUGGGGGGGCUGUGA